AGCCCGCCGGAUUGCGUCUCGCGUUUUUUUCACUCUCUUCGGAUUGAAUACAAAAAACAAAACAAAAAACCACAAAUGAAAGACACGUUUCUGGAAAAAUGAGGUGGCAUCGACAACGUUACGUGGGUUUGCUCCUGCAAGCGGUUCUCUUUGUCGCGAAUUGUCGCGCGGAAAAUCUGGUGUUUGACGUAAGUCUCAAAAAACCGAUCGCGGUGACCGACGAUGCUUUUCUCAGCCUCGCUGUGGACCCGGCAAUGUUGUUGCAAAAUGCCGAUAAUCUAUCUCAGAACAUCGUGGCGAGCACAAAUAUGGCGCGAGGGUUGGCGCCGGCUUAUAUUCGUCUCGGAGGGCCGCAAAGUAAUUCCUACAUUUUCGAAAGAGCCUGUUCGAACGGACACGACGUAAAUUCGAGCAAUGUUUUUUGCGAAAUGCACUGGAUGCUGUUACACGAGUGGACCAAUAACGCCGGAUUGGACGUGAUCGCGUGCAUCGCGCCUCGAUCGCUCGAGAGCGAAUCGCAAUCAGAUUCCGAAGUUCCAGCGAACAUGGCGAAAUUUAUUUCCUUCAGCGACGACAUGGAUUACAAUAUUAGUUUGCAACUGGGCUACGAAUGUCAAACGAGAUGCGACUUAUCCGGCGAAGAUUUGGGACGAUACGUUGCGAGUUUGCGUGAAAUACUGAAGAAUUUCCCGCGAUAUUCCAACAGCUUGAUCACGGGUCCGGAUAUAGUGUCGUGCGAAACGACGCGACAGCAGAAAUAUAUCGAAGAUUAUUUGACGGCGGUGAACGAUUCGCUUUCGGCGAUCACAUGGCAUCCUGACUUCGCGGGCGCAUCUUUGUCCAACGGUAACAUCGUUGUAGAUUACGACAAUAUAACCGCCGAGAAGAACGAGCUGUACAAAAUUAUCAGUCGUAAUGCGGACAAAACACCGCUGUGGAUUGCGGAAUCGAAACUAGAAGAAUAUAAUCAUCAGUAUCUCGGUGCGCUCGUCUGGACCAGGAGACUCGGAAAUGUCGCAAAGCUCGGCGCGCAAGUUGUAAUGAGACGACCAUCGAAUUUGCAUAAAACAACCCCCGACUACUGGGUGUCUUUGUUACACAAAAAAUUGGUGGGACGUGAGGUUUUGGAGACGAGAUCUCAAUCGGCCGACAGCCACGUGUAUCUUUACGCUCAUUGCACGAGACCUUCAGCGUCGUACGAUCGAGGAGCCGUGACGAUUUUCGGCGUGAAUUUCACUCCGAAAAAAGCGAUCGUGAACCUCAAGGGCGUCAAAAUCAAAACUCUACACGCGUACAUACUGACGUCGGAUUCCGAGACCGACAAAAUGUCGUCGGAAUACGUUUUACUGAACAACAAGCCGCUCGAUUUAAUAGACGACGAGGAGUUGCCCGAUUUAAAUCCGGAGAUUACUGCCAAUCCCGACGGUCUCGAACUUCCUCCCGCCAGCGUGGGUUUCUGGGUCAUACCCGACGCGAAGGCGAAAGCGUGUGCCGAUCCUGAAGAGAAAACUGUCGGCGCGAUCAGAGGAACGUCGAAGGGACGGGAAAAUCGUAUCAGACGAGAGAAUGAGGGAAGAAAAGAAGAUCUAAACCGUUUCAACGUACACAAUCGAAAGACGCAGGUGAGGCAGGAAAGAAGAAAGCGAAAACCCAUGGACAACGAGAAGUUCAAGAACGCGUGGGGUGGCAAAUUUCUCGAGAGAAUAAGCAAGAUGUUACGGACGAGACUGGAACAGGCGGGCGGCUCUCCGAAGUUUCAGAGAUCAAUUCGGAUUGAUCUGAACGGGGAGCAAGGAAGUUCCGAAGAAGAUUCGGACGACGGAUUCUCCGAGAAAGGGACAGUCGACGACAAACCUAAGGAUAUUCGCGACGCGACGUUGCGAAUAUACAAACACAGAGAAGCGGAGGGUUUCGGGAAGAGCGGAAGAAGAAGAAGAAGAGAUUUGGGUAGAAAACUGAUGGAGAUGAGCGCGAGGAAGGACAACAGGAAGAACUCGAGAGCCGUAGACGCGAGAGAUUACCUGAACGAGAGGAAGGCGAGGAGGAGAGACGAUUUCAGAAAAGAAGGACUCGUGACCCCGUUCAACCCCCGGAUAGUAAUGAGCAAAACUGACAGCGGCGAAAAUAAUUUCUACGGCUUCUUCCGGCAGGCUCCCGUCGAGGGAUUCCCCGUGAGCGACGUUUACGGCACGGUGGGCGAUUCGUCGAAACGAACUGACGCGGAUUACGAUUACGUCCAGGACGAUGACAACGACGGUGACAACGCUAGUUCGAAGGACACGCGGGAGUUCAAGGGAGAAACAUCGACGGAAAACAUUUGGAUCGAGAACGAGUACAGCGAUUACGUGCCGAACGAGUUCUUCGAAAACGUCAAGUUGUCGAGCACGGGAGUCCGAGGAAAUCCGAUGAUCGACUACGACGACCUGUGGGAGGCGGAAUCUUUCUCCGCGAAAGCGACGGAAUUCGCGGACUCGAAAGCGCAGAAUCGUUCUGUUCAGGAUCAGGAGAUUUCUCACGACGCGAGAGCGAAGAGAAGUUCGGAGCUUCAGGAGAUUCUCGCCGAAGAGAUGUUCAAGCAGGACGAGGGAAACGCGAGGGAUUGCCAGUGCAGGAUCGUCCGAAACUUCGAUUCGCCAGAGAAUCAAAGGACGACGGACGUCACGCGGGGUAGGCGAAAUGUUGUUGGAGAUCUCGAGACGAAGAUAGAACGCGGAGAAGACACGACCACGGAAACUUCAAUCAAAGAUACAACUUGGGUGAUUGAAACAACAGGUGUGACGUCAGCGGUGGAUAACGUCGAAGAAAGCAGCGAUCACGCAUCAGUUGCAACGCUCGUAAGUUCAACUCCUUCCGAAUUUUCUGUAACUACCGAUAACAUUGUUACAAAACAAACGUUUUUUCCCACCCGAUCGCCAGAGUUCCGAUCAGACAGCGGGGAGACAACGGCGCUCGAUAACGCGCAGACUGUAUCUACGAUUUCUGCGGAUCUUGCAGAGAAUCGAGGACGAUAUUCGAGCCCUGUUCUCAUUAGAUUCGGAACCGCAAAUCACGAAAAGACGGAAAACGUUAUCGUCGAGAAGAAAACGGCCGAGAAUAUAACCUUUUCCGCGUUCGCUGCCGAGCAGAGAAACGAGAGCAGGUACGACAAGAACUCGGAAGUUGUCGAAUAUCUUGGAGAAUCAGCGAAAACAAUCGACGCGAAGCAGACAGAAACGAACAUGUCGAAAGAGGAUGAUGAAAAAUUGGCGAUCACCCGAUCGCCGGGGAUCCAAUCGAACGAGACGAAGACGUGCGACACUUCGCAAAGUGUUUCUGAAACAAUUGACGCGCAACGGAUAACAACGGAAACGAAUAUGUUGAAAGAAGAUGACGAAAAACUAGCAAUCACCCGAUCGUCCGAGAUCCAAUCGAACUACGAGACAACGACGGCGCGCGAUAUCUCGCGGGUUACAACGGAAACAAGCGUGUUGAAAGAAGAAGUCGCUGAUGAAUCAAUUGACAAUACGAAGAAAUUGGGCGAGUUCGCGAUGGGGAAAACGUUGCGACAGAAGGCGACCGAUCGAAAUAGCGAAUCUAAGGUCGUGGUGCGGAAAAAAGAUGCCGACACGAGCAAAUUAAAGGCCACGCCGCCAACGGAGUUGCACAGAGUGCCGUUGAAAAAACUCACUAAAUACGAAGAAUAUUUAAUAAGACGCGCCGAGCAAAUUGACAGGAAGCUGAGAAAGAGAUUAGCAAAAAAGUCCGCGAAUUGAAAACAAGAGAUUUGCUGACGGCUAGAAAAAAAACGCAGAAAAUAUUACUUUAUAUUAUAUUACUUCUAAGUGACGUAAAUUAUUUAUAAAAAUUGU